AACGAAGUUCUUGUUGAUAAGCAUGACAUCAGAUUUGGUAGUGAUAAUGAAUAUCUCAAAAUGGACAAUGAAAGUAGAGAAUUGUUGUGUGUUGGAAACGCAUCAAAAAGUAACUUAAAAGUACAAAUAACAACCAAAGAUAAUUGUGAUAAAUAUUCAAUCAGAACUGAGCCACAAAUUGUGACUUUAAAGAGGGGAUUUGCUUGCGAAUUUGAAAUCUUUUUAACACCAUAUUGCACUAUGAAUUUAGUUGAUGAAAUUGUAAUUAUUUCACUAAAUAUAAAAGAUGGGAAGAAAGAAGCUACAUCAAUUACAAUAAAUGCGAAAACGGAGAAUUCAACACAUCUUGACUAUGACGAGUUAAUAGAAGAGAAUGUACUUGGUGAAGGGUCUUUUGGUGUUGUUUAUAAAGGAAGUUACAGAAAGUACGAAGUUGCAAUUAAAAAGAUGAAACAGAAAUUACAAGAAGAUGCGAAUCAACUUAACGAGUUUAAAAAAGAAAUUGCAAUGCUUGAUAAAUUUCGUAGUGACUACUUGGUACAUUUCUUUGGUGCUGUUUUCAUUGAAAAGAAAGAAUGUGUCGUCACUGAAUUUGCUCAAUUUGGAAGUUUACAAGGUUUAUUAAAACACAAAAAAUCUGAUGAGGUUGACAUCAAAAUGCGAAUUAAAAUGCUGUUGGAUGCAGCAAAGGGAAUAUCAUAUUUACACGAAAAUGGGAUAUUACACAGAGAUAUCAAGCCAGACAAUAUUCUUGUAUUCUCACUUGAUGUAAACGAAAAAGUAAAUGCAAAAUUAACUGACUUUGGAAGUGCUAGGAAUGUCAAUAUGUUAAUGACCAACAUGACUUUUACAAAAGGAAUUGGAACACCAAAGUAUAUGGCGCCUGAAAAAGCGGCCGAUAUAUAUUCGUUUGCAAUCACUAUGUUUGAAGUGUUCUCAUGGGAAGAGGCAUUUAAGAAGGAUGAUGAGAGGUUUAAAUAUGCGUGGAAUAUUGCAGAUUUUACAAGUGGAGGUAAAAGACUUGAAAUAUCAAAAGUAAUCCCAUAUAAAUUAUCUGUAAUUAUCACAAAAAGUUGGACACAAGAAACAACUCAAAGAAUGAGUAUCGAAAACGUACAAAGUGCAUUGCAGAGUUAUAUUAAUAUAAUUUAA